CAUAAUCUAGCUAUCUGGGAACUAAGAGCUCGUCAGGACGACUGUCACUCGAGUCUCAGCUCCGCGACAUUUGUCUUCAAUUUGGGCACCAGGGGUGUCCUUGCUCAUGGCUAGAAGGGGUGCAGCUUUUGUAAAAUAGAAGUCAGAUUUGUCUUUUCGUAGCAUAAUAAGACAAUUUACGCAGCAAGUUGGGAGAAUUAACGUAGAAGGUUAGGAAAAUUAGGUUAAGGUUACGGAAAGGGUUAGGUAAAAUGCCAAAUAUUUCAACUUUGAAGUUUAUUUGACAAAAGCUGGAUCCCUUCUAGCCAUGACCCGUGUGCCUUGGGUCAUGCGUGUCCAUCUUCUUUAGCAUUCCGACUGGAAACACAGAUGCUUGCACGCACAGCAAAACCUUUCAGCAAAACCCAUUCAACCAACAAGGUAUGUCUUUCCAUCAGGGUCGAGGAGGUGGAGGCUGCCCCAGAGGAAGAGCCCCCCCAGGUCAACAUGGGGGUCAACACGGCUCCCACCAAAACUACCGGCCCACCAACCUAGGACCCCCACCUCCCCAGCCGCCAAUGCCCCCCUACCACUACGACCCCCAGGCCCAGCACAGCUCCUCUCACAGCUAUGGUGGCCAAGGAAACAGUGGUGGGGGUGGUUACAUCACUGCACACUCAGACUACAUGUCAUACCCCCCUCCAGUGCCCACUCAGGGGGGUAUGACGGCCAGUCCCCUCAGCCAGUGCCCCGUACGCCCCCCCUUCCCCAACCCCAACCCCCAGAGCCACCCCAACUUCCCCCCUCCUCCUCUCGCCGGCAACACCUCUGGAAGCUCCAUAUCUGGGUCUCCCGUGUCAGCUCAGAGUGCUUACCACUACAUGAUGCCCUCCGUACCCCCUCCACCUUUCCCUCACCCCCCCGGCAUGCCUCCUACCAUGCCUCCACAGUCCAUGAGCUACCAUCAACCCCCCUACUCCAUGAACUACUCCCAUCCUCCAUUCCCUCCUCUGCCCAACUUUAGCCCAGGGAACUACGGCUCCCACCAGGGUCCCAGCUCCUUCAAGCCAGACCAUGGGGGCUUCAGGCACAGUCCUCAUGGAGGAGGAGGGCAGCAGUAUAAGGCUGAGAAGCAACAGCAAAUGGACGACAGGAGUCAGAGGUCGCCGGAGAGAGGCAGAGGGGGUCGCCAUGACGACCUCCGGCAGCAGAAGGGUGGCUAUGCUUACGGCAGUCGUGGUGGUGGCGACAGACACAAGAUGGACUUCCCCAUGAACCAGAGAGGGAAGGAUCGAGGCAGGAGUCCGGACAGACGCAGGCCGGAGGGAGGGAGACAUCGGUCAGAGUACGAACAGCGUGGGAGGACUCCUCCUACCCGUCACCGGAGUCGAGAACGCAGCAGGGAGAGGCAUCGCCACAGAGACAGUCGGAGGUCUCAGUCACCUGACCGACACAGGAAGCGACCUAGAAGUCGGUCAGGCAGCAGAGAGAGGAAGCGUGGUCGUUGGGAGGAGGAGAGGGACCGGAGGUCCGACGGACCGGGGAUGAGCAGAGACAGAGAGCGCAGCUAUACCUCCGCCAGGAGCCGAGACACAGAGCCUGAAGUCUCCAUAGAUAGAGACCGGGAGAGAGAGAUGGAGAGAGGCGAGAGGGAGAGGGAGAGAGGCGAGAGGGAGAGAGGCGAGAGGGAGAGAGGCGAGAGGGAGAAAGGGGAGGGAGAUGAGAGAGAGGAGGAUGAGUUGCUGAAGCCUGCGUGGAUCCGCUGUACCCAUGCUGAGAACUACUACUCCAGCGAUCCCAUGGAUCAAGUGGGUGAUUCUACGGUGGUGGGGACCAGUAAGCUGAGGGACCUGUACGAACGCUUCGAGGAAGAGCUGGUCAAGAGACAGGAGCGUGCUCAGUCGGCCCGGCCCAAAUGGGACCCCCCCAAGACCAAGCUAGAUGAGGAGCCCGGUACUGUAUUGAUAUCAGAUAGUAUCCCCAAAGAGGAGUGCCACAGUCACAGCAGCAGUGAGUCAGACUGCGAGUCUGACGGGGGAGGCAGUACCUGCUCCAGCAGCUCUGACUCUGACGUGUUUGACGUGAUCGCUGAGAUCAAGAGGAAGAAGGCCCAUCCAGACCGUCUGCAUGACGAGCUGUGGUACAACGACCCAGGACAGAUGAACGAUGGGCCGUUGUGUAAGUGCAGUGCCAAGUCCAGACGCACAGGGAUACGCCACAGCAUCUACCCUGGAGAGGAGUCGGUGAAGGAAUGUCGUCCGAUGAACAACAACUCUGGGAAGCUCUACCACUACAGAAUCACUGUGUCUCCACCUACUAACUUCCUGACAGACAGGCCUACGGUUAUCGAGUACGAUGACCAUGAGUACCUGUUCGAAGGCUUCUCCCUCUUCUCCCACAUGCCUCUCACUAACAUUCCAUUGUGCAGAGUGAUUCGUUUCAACAUAGAUUACACCAUUCACUUUAUUGAAGAGAUGACACCAGAGAACUACUGUGUGAAAGGACUGGAGCUGUUCUCUUCCUACCUAUUCCAGGAUAUACUGGAGCUCUAUGACUGGAACCUCACAGGUCCAGAGUGGGACAACCAAUCUCCUGGAUGUCAGAAGUUCCACUUCAUGCCUCGCUUUGUCCGCUUCUUACCUGACGGUGGUAAGGAGGUGCUCUCCAUGCACCAGGUUCUCCUCUACCUCCUGCGGAGCUCCAAGCCUCUGGUCCCUGAGGAGGAGAUAGCUGACAUGCUGCAGUGGGAGGAACUGAAGUGGCAGAAGUACGCAGAGGAGUGCAAGGGCAUGAUCGUCACCAACCCUGGCAUGAAGCCUAGCUCUGUGCGUAUUGACCAGCUGGACAGAGAGCAGUUCAAUCCAGAGGUCAUCACCUUCCCCAUCAUCGUCCACUUCGGGAUCCGGCCCGCCCAGCUCAGCUACGCUGGAGACCCCCAGUACCAGAAGCUGUGGAAGAGCUAUGUGAAACUACGCCACCUGCUGGCUAACAGCCCCAAGGUCAAGCAGAUAGACAAGCAGAAGCUAACACAGAGGGAGGAAGCCCUUCAGAAGAUCCGCCAGAAGAACACCAUGCGCCGGGAGGUGACCGUGGAGCUCAGCAGCCAGGGCUUCUGGAAGACUGGCAUCCGCUCUGACCUCUGUCAGCAUGCUAUGAUGUUGCCAGUGUUGACCCACCACAUCCGCUACCACCAGUGUCUGAAGCACCUGGACGACCUGAUUGGCUACGUCUUCAAGGAGCGCUGUCUGUUACAGUUGGCCAUGACUCACCCCAGCCACCACCUGAACUUUGGCAUGAACCCGGACCACGCCCGUAACUCCCUGUCCAACUGCGGCAUCCGCCAGCCCAAGUAUGGGGACAGAAAGGUCCACCACAUGUACAUGAGGAAGAAGGGAAUCAACACCUUGAUCAACAUCAUGUCUCGUCUUGGACAAGAUGAUCCCUCCCCCUCCAGGAUCAAUCACAACGAGCGGCUAGAGUUUCUCGGCGACGCCGUCGUGGAGUUUCUCACCAGUGUUCAUCUGUACUACCUGUUCCCCAGUCUGGAGGAAGGAGGGCUCGCCACCUACAGAACAGCCAUUGUACAGAACCAGCACCUGGCCAUGCUAGCAAAGAAACUGGAGUUGGAUCGCUUCAUGCUGUAUGCCCACGGCCCAGACCUCUGUAGGGAGUCAGACCUGAGACAUGCCAUGGCCAACUGCUUUGAAGCACUCAUAGGAGCGGUAUAUUUGGAGGGCGGUCUGGAGGAGUCUAAGCAGCUGUUUGGGAGGCUGCUUUUCAACGGAGAGGACCUCCGAGAAGUGUGGCUCAACUACCCGCCCCAUCCUCUGCAGGUGCAGGAGCCGCAGACGGACAGGCAGCUGAUCGAGACGUCUCCGGUGCUUCAGAAGCUGACAGACUUUGAGGACACCAUCGGUGUUAUGUUCACACACUGUCGCCUGCUGGCCAGAGCUUUCACACUGAGGACCGUGGGCUUCAACCACCUCACACUGGGCCACAACCAGAGGAUGGAGUUCCUUGGAGACUCCAUCAUGCAGCUGGUGGCUACAGAGUACCUCUUCAUCCAUUUCCCCGACCACCACGAAGGACACUUAACGCUGUUGCGUAGCUCCUUGGUCAACAACCGUACCCAAGCCAAAGUUGCAGAGGAGCUGGGCAUGCAGGAGUUUGCGAUCACUAACGACAAAACUAAACGGCCAGUGGCCCUCCGGACCAAGACCCUUGCUGACCUGCUGGAAUCUUUCAUCGCGGCGCUCUACAUCGAUAAGGAUCUGGAGUACGUUCACACCUUCAUGAACGUCUGCUUCUUCCCUCGACUGAAGGAGUUUAUCCUAAACCAGGAUUGGAACGAUCCUAAAUCCCAGCUCCAACAGUGCUGCCUGACCCUGCGCACGGAGGGCAAGGAGCCCGACAUACCCCUCUACAAGACCCUGCAGACAGUGGGGCCGUCUCACGCGCGAACCUACACUGUGGCUGUGUACUUCAAAGGAGAGAGGAUAGGCUGUGGCAAGGGCCCAAGUAUCCAACAGGCGGAGAUGGGAGCUGCUAUGGACGCACUCGAGAAAUAUAACUUCCCUCAGAUGGCUCAUCAGAAGCGCUUCAUCGAGCGGAAAUACAGACAGGAGCUGAAAGAGAUGAGACGAGAGAGGGAUCGCCAGGAGAAGGAGGGAGACGAGCCAGAGGACAGCAGGAAGUAACAGAGCCCCUCUCCGACCAAUCAAUAUGGACAGAGAAUUUUUUCGACCAGUCAAGAUGGACGAUAUUGGAGAGUGUAGGGAAGGUGCAAGAAGUGGAGGGAUAAACUACUUCCAAAUACUCUGAAUUGCUAAAAAAAUAUAUGUCCUCUCCUCGACUACUCUCUUUGAUUUGACAGGUGAAAACAAUGGAAGCUUAUCAUAAGGCUAACUUUCACCUGGUCAGUUCAUUCAUAACAAUUGCAAGGAAGGAGAAGAUUGCGAGGAGAGGACAUAUUUUUGGGACAAUUCAGAAAGAGCACUAGUCUACAGUACACACCCUCUACUGUCUCGUCCCAUUGGCUUGAGGAUUGCCUUGCAUUUUUUAGUGUUUGUUUGGGUUUGUUGUUUUGAGCUGCUUUUAUGUGUAGGUCUUAAUCAAUUCCAUGUUGAUUAUGUACAGUCACGUUUUAAACUAAAUCUAGAACAUGGUUGGUCGUCAAUCAUGGUUAUAAUGAAGGGCAACAGAAAUGCUUUGUUUUAAAUGUUUUUGUUGUUUUUUUUGUACCGCUAGUGACAUUGAUAGUAAUUGCUAUUAAUAAAGGUAUUUCAAAUGUUAAUUGAUUUGUCAUCAUGGAAUCUGUCCUCUUGAUAGCCAUACUCAUCAUAAUCAGUGUCUGACACCAAAUCGCUCAAUGGGAAAACUAGUAGUGGCAUAUCACGUGCACGUUUAUGAAGAGGAGAGCGUUAAUAUGAUUCAAUGACAUUAAAUAUGAUGUAAAAUGCCACCAUCUGUCUCACAUCUGCUGCCUCUUUCUCUAACAAUUUCAAAUUUGUGUCCCCCCCCUCCUCCCCAAAUCCGAUUGCCAGUUUUUAAAGAUCUUAAUUAUAGAUUGUGUGUAAUUAAUGAUUUCUUCAGUUCAGUAGCCACAGGUUCCAUGCUAUUAACCACUUUAUUGUCUUGAAUUUCAACAUUCACCAUAAGAACUUAAGCUACCUUCAAGCCAGGCUGAUGUCAUCCUAGGCAAAAACUAAGGGAACAUGGCUAAUGUGCAGACAUUUUUCCAUUUCCAAAUUAGUUCAAAUGUCAUUAGGGUUAAGGAAAUGGUCUGUCCGUUUUAGAUUGUCUCGUCAGGCUGUCAAGGGGAUGCUGUUCAGAAAAGUCCCCUACUUUCUUCCUACUGUUAUGUCUGUCAAAUUGCUCAAUGUUCGGAUAAAGCUUUUCUGAAUUCGAAACACUGAUGAUUACACGUAGAAACGGAAUAAGGAUUUUAAAGAUCUUUAAUCGUGUUGAGUCAUAUAAAUAUCCAGUACAAAAAUCACAUUGUACAAAGCAGAUGAAUGGGCAUUGGAUCAUGAGGGCCCCUUUAAACUACUGCACAUACUGUAACCUAUCAUAGUAUUAAUCCACAUAGACAAAACUUAGGCUGCAUCCCGAUUCUCCACUCUUCUCCUGGAGUGUGCACGUCGUCGCAUAGUUAGUAAGUAAGCCAUGGACAAGCCAGAACGGCCCAUCUCCUGUUUCUGUAGCAUGAGGCAGCUUGAUGUACAACCCCUGGACAUGACGCUACUUGGAUGGAUUUAACAAUGGUGGAAACUCCCCCCUAACCAAUGCUGACACAAUUCCUAUGCUUUUAAAUCCAUGACUGUAAGUGUGCACGCUUUAAGGAUGGGUGGAGAAUCGGGAUGCAGCCAUAGACUGCUCAAUCACAUAGUCAACAACAUAAUAUAGAGGCAACCUUAAGGCUAACCAACCGUGUCUACAUGAACACCCAACAGACCGAUCAUAUCUUUAGAAAGAGGACAUCAGAACUAUCUCUGGUCCAGAGUGUGAGCAGGAAGCCUCAGCAUAAGAAAGCCACACUAACGCCCUGGACCAGAGCUUUCUAUAGGAUAACCAUAUCUGGCAGCUAACAUUACUCUACAAUCCCCCAAUAGCAUUGGACACUGGACGCUUGAUGGACUUGAUGUUUGUUUAAUGCAUGUCCAUAGCUGAGCAUGGUGUUAAUGCUGAAAGGCAAGAACAGUCCCAAUAAAGAAGCACAAAUAUGUAUUUAUAGUGAGAUGCUGCUGACACCCUGAAUUAAAGCGAGAAAAUGGAUGUACCAAACCCAGAUUGCCCC